UCUUCAAUUGCGGGUGUGGGAGCCGAAGGGAGCGGUGGUGACGUGCUGCGGCGAUGGAGUGAGGUGCAGGCCGAAGCUCUGGCGCCCCGAGGCCUUGGCGGGCCAGGCACGAGCGAGCCCACCACGGGCGAGGCUCGCGACGCGUCGACGUCCUCGCGAAAUCACACCUCCGCUCUGCCACACCUAUCUUAUCUCGCCGCUGACACUGCCGUCCCUACGCCGAGCAUGGUCAAGAUGCCCCCGGCGCCCGAUGGCAAGAUAUACUCGGCGACGUACAGCAAUGUGCCCGUCUACGAAUUCAAUGUCGCCGGCAACCACGUCAUGCGCCGCCGCGCCGACGACUGGAUCAACGCGACGCACAUCCUCAAGGUGGCCGACUACGACAAGCCCGCCCGCACCCGCAUCCUCGAGCGCGAGGUGCAGAAGGGCGUCCACGAGAAGGUGCAGGGCGGCUACGGCAAGUACCAGGGCACAUGGAUUCCGCUGCCCGAGGGCCGCAUGCUCGCCGAGCGCAACGGCGUCCUCGAGAAGAUGCGGCCCAUCUUCGACUACGUCCCCGGCGACAGGAGCCCGCCGCCCGCCCCGAAGCAUGCCACUGCUGCGUCGAACCGCCCCAAGGCCCCGCGCCAGAGCGCCGCCGGCGUGGGUAGAAACGCGCGGGCUGACUUGUGCGCAGCGUUCGUAACGAAUUCCCAGUCGCAAGUCAGCGAAGACCGCUACGAGGACCAGGUGCAGCAUUCGCGCUCGCAGUACCGCGAGGAGACACCCGAUAACGACACUGUCGUAUCAGAGUCCAUGCUCGGCGACCAGGACAUGAUAACGGGGUCGCAGUACUCGAUAGGCAGUCGCAAACGAAAGAGGGGCGCGGACCAGAUGUCUAUACAGGAUGCGCAACACCAGAUGUGGGCCGAUGCGCUGCUUGACUACUUCAUGCUCCUGGACUCCGAAGAAGGCUUCGUUGCGCCGCCCGAACCCCCGCCGACUGUUAACCUGGAUCGGCCCAUUGAUGACAAGGGCCAUUCGGCUAUGCAUUGGGCGGCUGCUAUGGGCGAUGUCGAAGUCGUCAAGGAGCUAAUACGGCGUGGCGCGCGCAUAGACUGUUUGUCGAACAACCUGGAGACACCCCUGAUGCGCGCAGUCAUGUUCACGAACAACUUCGACAAGAACAUGAUGCCCAACAUGAUCAAGAUCUUCCAGCAGACGGUGCAUCGGACAGACUGGUUUGGGAGCACUGUGUUCCACCACAUCGCGGCAACCACGAGCAGCACGAACAAGUUUGUUUGCGCGCGAUACUAUCUGGACUGCAUCAUCAAUAAGCUGGCGGAAACAUGGAUCCCGGAUGAGGUUACUCGGUUGCUGAAUGCGCGAGAUAAGAAUGGGGAUACCGCCAUCAUGAUUGCUGCGCGCAAUGGGGCAAGGAAGUGUGUACGAAGUCUCUUGGGGCGCAACGUUAUUGUAGAUAUACCGAACAACAAGGGGGAGACCGCUGACGAUUUAAUUCGGGAGUUGAAUCAGCGCCGGCGAAUGAAUGGCCGGCCGCGACAAGCAUCGUCGUCACCGUUCGCACCGCCCCUGGAUCAGAGGAUGAAUGGAAACGGACUCCAUAUGGACGGAGUGGUUUCAGCACCGCUGGUACCAUUACCGUUCUCCGCUGUCUCGACCCGCGACCCGCAACAGUACCGCUCACAGACGGCGUCGCAUUUGAUGACCAAGGUAGCUCCUACGUUAAUGGAGAAAUGCAAGGAACUGGCGGCGGCGUACGAGGCGGAACUGCAAGAGAAGGAAACAGAAUCAGUAGACGCAGAGCGCGUAGUCAAGAGACGUCAAGCGGAGCUCGAGGCCAUACGGAAACAGGUUGUGGAGCUCUCUGGCAUGACAAACGGCCUCCAUAUCGAUCUAGGCGACGAGGAAGCAGACCGCCAUCAGGAGGAGGAGCUGCUGAAUCUGGUCGAAGAAGCCGAGUCCCUACUGGAGAUAGAGCAGAAGACCGAGCUGAGGCGAUUAUGCGCGUCCAUGCCGCAGAAUACUUCGAACUCGCCGAUCGAUCUGAAUGAGAAGAUGAGGUUAGCACUGUUACUGCAUCGCGCUCAGCUGGAGCGGCAACAACUUGUUAGAGAGGUGGUCGGCAAUCUGUCCGUGGCCGGCAUGGGUGAGAAGCAGGGCGUGUACAAGAGCCUGAUUGCGAAGGCGCUGGGUGAGAGAGAGGAGGAUGUGGAGUCGAUGUUGCCCGAGAUUCUGAAAGAGCUGGAAGAGGCGGAAACGCAGGAGCGCGCUGAGGGGCUGGAACAAAGCCCUCUGUGA